UUUUAUCUAAAAACGAAUUCAAAAUUCGCUCAAAAUAUUAUAAAAUACAAAAAUAAAAUCAACUUAAAAAUAAAACCUAAAAGUAUUUGCAAGUGAAUAUUUGCACUAUUUUUAAAACAAUUUGUUAUACUGCAAAUACAAACACUUUUUAUUUAUUAAAAGAAAUAAAAAAAAUCCGUAAAAACUGUGAGAAACACCUAUAAAUAUAUCAGUAGAUUAGUACAAAUUCUUAAGUGCUUUUUAAGUAAUUGAUACAACAAUAACAACCAUAAUAUAUAGAGCACAUAUUAUAAAUAUAAAAACAAAUCAAAAGAAAAAAAUUUCUGAAAAUGCCUCUCUAUUCUGACUCCAAUUUUUACUACAGCGGCGGCAGUAGUCAACUCUUUUCGCCGUAUUAUACUCCUGGUCAUUAUACAAGUUCAACGAGCUCACAUGGAAGUGGUGCUUAUGGACCUUAUACCUCCACUUUUAAUCGAAAUUAUAGCGGUAGCUAUAUUGUGCCUUUAACACCGCCACGUACUUCUAGUUAUACUUCACAUAAUCUCUCAUCGCGAUAUCAGCCAAAACUAUCAACCAUAACAGAGACAUCUACAUUGAUGAGCAACCCUCGUCACACAACCCUCUUGCCACUGACACGCAUACAAUCGCCAAAGUUUACUGACUACAAACCCACAACAACAACCAGUCUAACGUCAAAAUAUAUACCUCCACGACCAAUACAGAUCAACACUGCUGAUAUUGAUGUGUCCUACUCACGGUAUGACAAGCAUAAGGAGAAAGAGGAGGCGCACAAAAGAGAAGAAGCGAUAAAAUCAACUAUUAACUCAGAGAAUAAUAAACAGAGUGUAGAAAGUACAAAUAACUCAAAUGCAGUACUGGCAGAGGAACAACGUCCAGCGCGUUCUACCAUCAAACGUGAUCGAGCAGUUGUACGUUUAUCGACAAUACGCUCACGAAGCAGAGAUCGUGCAGCAAAAAGAACUCCGAAAAACUCUAAGGAACAUACUCCGGAGCUCAAGGAAAAGAAGCUUAAAGAGACAAGCGACACUAACGAAGAAAAAUUAAGUUGGCGUCAAAAACUCGCAGAUGAUUUAGCAGCAAUUCCUACCUAUCCUAUCAAAAAAUCUCCAGGUGAACUUAUGCGUGAGAGGUAUUUAAUACAGGAAGCAAAACCGAAUGAGCCACUUGACUUAGCCCACAAGCGUAUUGAUGCUGAACUGCAAGAUGUUAUUAAUGAAAUGAUUGUGGAAGUCGAUCCCAUAGAUAAUAGUAUACGUCGAUUAAGCAUACCAAAAUGUCCUACUUUUCACGAUAUAUGUGAAGACAUAUCCUCAGAUAAAAUUGAUGAUGAUCUUAAUGCAGGUGAACUGAGAAGACGUGCUUCUAUAAUACUGGAACAAGAACAAGAAAUUAUAAAUCAAUUACAGAAAUCAGCCUCAGGCAGCUUUCAGUUGAUUCACUUACAAAGACAAGAUAGUCAAGAACAUUUAAAUGAUGAGACAGCGUCACAUCGACAAUCGGGUAAUAAACGCAAAUCGAAAAAGAGCAAAAAAAUAAAACACAAGAUAACAGCUAUUGUCGAAAUUGAAAAUUCUCCAUUGGCUCCCAUUUCACAAGAGCAAGAAGAAGACAUCAACACACCCUCGAACAAGAACCCAAACCCAACACCGAAGUUUACAUUUAACGUGGAUGCUGUAGAGGAACAUCAUGAAAUACACAAAAUAUUUAAAUUACCAAAAAGAAAGAGCGUUAAAAAAAUUUCAAAUAAUAAAGAGAUUAGUUUACCAGAGGGAUUUUUACAAUCCUUACCAAAGGCCAAGACUUCACCUCUCAUCAAAAAAGCUAAACCCUCAAAUUGUGAAGCGGAAAUAUUUACAUUUGAUACAAAAACAGUUAAACAAAAUGAAGAAGAGGAAGUAAAAUCGGUUACUCUUAAAAGUUUACCUUUAAGCAAAAAUAUAAUAAAAGAAGAAGUUUCUAUAGAAAGCCCUAAAGAAAAGAAAAGUCAAUUAAGAGAAGAUAGCAAACAACAAGUUCUUCCAUCAUUAAAAGAAACAAAUAUGAAAACUAAAGUUGAGACAAAACUUGAUGAAGUUGACUCAAAGCAAGUGAAGCAAGAUGUGAAAGCAACAAAAGCUAUACUGACGUCUUCGAUUUCCUUAGAUGCCAACUUAAACAAAAAGGACACUUCACAAACAAAAAAGGUUCUAGAAAAAUCACAAUCGUUAAUUGUAGACGACCAAAACCCUACAAUAAGCCCUGCAAAGGCUUUGAACGUAACCAAGUUGAAGGAGCCAACAAAAGGAAGGCAAGCAAGAAUUGAAAUUACAAAAGUUAUGGAAACAACUACUUCUGCAACAAAAGCCAUACCAACAGUUUUGGAAGCACCGACUGCUGCUGAUGUGUCAAUAGCAAAAACUACAAAUGCCGAUCUAAGAGAUUUGAAAAAGCCACUAUCAGUAAACGCGGAAGAGGUUAACUUAGCUUUAAGUAAUGCAAAGACUUUGAAUAUAACUACUUUAAAAAAGCCAGCACAAGGAAAAGAAACAACAGCUGUUACAUCUACAAAGCCCACUAAUUUAAAACCAACCAAAUCUCUUGAUUCUGCAGUAGAAUCAACUGCAAAGUCUUCUGCAAGUAUUUUGGAAAAAUCACAAUCUCUACAUGUUGAUGAAAAUGAACCGAAAGUGGCUACUCCGAAACCAAUUAGGAAGGGUAUACAAAAAUCUGAAAGUGGUGAAGACUUUUGGUCUCAAAUUGGUUCACGGGAAACACUUUAUAUGACUAAUCGUAAGAAAAAUUUAUAUGACAACCAUUGGCAGAAUUUUGAAACACUUGAAGAAACUCCUAAAGAAACAGAAAGCAAAACUUCAAACGAUAGUGAACAGUUCAAAUUUAGUUCACAGCCAAUUGAAACAAGUCAGAAACAACCUACUGAGGACAAAACAAAAGAUAAUAGCUCAGAAGUUCCAGCUUCAAAAUUGGUUAAACAAAAAGAGUCGAAGGAAGACACAAAACCGGAAAACACACCUACCAAACCCGUAGCACAGGCCGUGUCCGAAAAGCCGACUAACAAAAUUGAUAAACAGAAAGUAACGACAACAAACACACAACCAACAGAAGCUGAAACAAUUGAAUUGUCUACAACAUCGUCGGGACCGAAAAUAAACAUCGGGCAAGUAGCCAAGUCACCUGAACCACAAAACAAAUUCACAACAGAAAAUAUCAGAGAGAAAACGGCUGUUAAUAAUGCAAAUACUUUAGCCAAAAAUGCAAAAUUGGCAACAACAACGACAGCAACGACAGCAACGAAAACAACAACUGCAGCAGUAACGACAGCAGCAAAAGAUACAAGCACAACCAGCAGUAACUCAUGUACAACAACAGAAGGAAAUAAAUCUAUUGCAACAAAACAACAGGAAACGAAAACGAAUAAAUCAGCAGAAUCGAAACAACAACUGAAAUCCAUUGAUACCCAAAAUUCGAGUGAUAAAUCGAAAAUACCAGCAACAAAGGCAAAAGUUGCCGGUAAAAUAAUUAAGAAAUCACCUACAACAGCUGCCAAUGUCAAAACAUCACCCACGGCAGCAAUAAAUGCCGAUCACUUCAUUUCGGUUGCACCAGCGAAAAUCACCACGUCACCAACGAAAAACAAAACUGCGUCACCGACGAAAACCACAACAAACCCGACAACAAGUGCCAGUACAGCGAAGGCAAUUACUACAAUAUCGCCCAAGAAGAAAACAAAGACUUCAGCAACCACAAUACCAACAAAACAAACGCUGACUGAGGCUACGACUACUACUACGACCACGACUACGAUCACGAUCACGACAACGGCGGCUACAACAGCUGCUGUCGCUAUCAAUGAGACUGACAAGAGCAGCAAAGGCAACACCACCAACAGCAGCAACAACGGCAACACUUGCGCCAGCAACAAUUUAUCAAAGUUCGCAACAGUAUCGAAUUUGGCACAGUGUUUACACGACGUCGACGCCGAUCUAGAGGAUUAUAUACCUUCAUCCGCGGGAAAUAGCGACGACGACAGUUCAUUCGAUUAUUCCAGUGCGGACGGUUGUGAAAAUUUAAGUGAAAGCAUGAAAAAGAAACUAAGACAACGUCGAAAAAAGGAAAAAGAAGAAAAAGCGCGUUUCGAUCCGCAGAAAAAAAUAAAAAUCGAUCCCACAAAUAAGUGUUACGUGAAAGAUGAAGCACCACGUUAUCCGCUUGUUGCCACACCGCGUCCGUUGUGGAAACGCGAAAAAAUUGUCUAUCCGGACGAUGAUAGUGAUGAUAGUGAUGAAAGUGGCUCCACCGAUGAAACCGAAGAUAGUGAAGAGUGCACCACAUCCGAAGAGUAUGAGGAUGAUUUAAAUCCUUCCGGUAUGACAUCACUGACAGGUGAUAGCGGAAGCAAUACAUCAAAAGAAAAUUCUGCAAUCAUCCGCAUGAGCACCUGCAGUAAUGAUUCUGGCUUUGAAGGUGGUACUGCGCCUUCAAGCCCCAAAAAGAUGUUAGAAACAUCAUAUACAUAUUCACAGUUUCAAAAGUCUGGCCGAUUCACUGCACCCGCAACAGUUAUACCAAGAUUCAAGAAUUAUACUGUGGAAGAUUUUCAUUUUCUGGCUGUUCUUGGUAAAGGUAGCUUUGGCAAGGUGCUUUUGGCUGAAUUACGUGAUACGACAUAUUAUUAUGCGGUGAAAUGUCUUAAAAAAGACGUCGUCCUUGAAGAUGAUGAUGUGGACUCGACACUAAUAGAGCGUAAAGUUCUGGCCUUGGGUACGAAGCAUCCGUAUUUGUGUCACCUGUUUUGUACAUUUCAAACUGAGAGUCACUUAUUUUUUGUGAUGGAAUAUUUAAAUGGCGGUGAUCUCAUGUUCCACAUACAAGAAAGUGGUCGUUUUUCGGAAGAACGUGCAAGAUUUUAUGGUGCCGAGAUUAUUUCAGGUCUAAAGUUCUUACACAAGAAAGGUAUCAUAUACAGAGAUCUCAAAUUAGACAAUGUGCUGUUAGACUACGAAGGUCAUGUACGUAUUGCAGACUUUGGUAUGUGUAAAUUGCAAAUAUAUCUGGACAAAACGGCGGACAGUUUUUGCGGUACACCAGAUUACAUGGCGCCUGAAAUCAUAAAGGGCGAAAAGUAUAAUCAAAACGUUGAUUGGUGGUCAUUCGGUGUACUUUUAUAUGAAAUGCUAAUUGGACAAUCUCCAUUUAGUGGUUGUGAUGAAGAUGAGCUCUUCUGGUCUAUUUGCAAUGAAAUUCCAUGGUUUCCUGUAUAUAUAUCAGCUGAGGCAACUAGUAUACUCAAAGGUCUUUUAGAAAAAGAUUACACAAAACGUGUUGGCUCACAAUAUAGUCCUGCUGAAAAAACCGCCAAAACAUUUCGGCAGAUGCAGCGACUAAUUGGUCAAAAACUUGGAGAAUAA